GUCACUAUUAAACGCAACCCUUCUGUUGCGGUCCUUUACGAAGAAGCCUUGACUUAUGAACAAGGUACUGUUAUUUCUUCUGCUGGUGCUCUUUGUGCUUAUUCUGGUAAGAAAACGGGUCGUUCUCCCAAGGACAAGCGUAUUGUUGAAGAAGAAACAUCUCAAAAGGAUAUCUGGUGGGGUCCAGUCAACACACCCAUUUCUGAAAAGGUCUUCUUGAUUAACCGUGAACGUGCCAUUGAUUACUUGAACACUCGUCCUCGUUUGUAUGUGUUUGAUGGUUUUGCUGGUUGGGAUCCCAAGUACCGUAUCAAGGUCCGCAUUGUUGCUUCUCGUGCUUACCAUCUUUUGUUUAUGCGCAACAUGUUGAUUCGUCCUACUGAAGAAGAACUUGAAAACUUUGGUACUCCUGAUUUCACGAUUUUCAAUGCUGGUGAAUUCCCUGCCAAUCGUUAUACCACAGGCAUGACUUCAACCACAUCUGUCUCGGUCAACUUCAAGCGCAAUGAAAUGGUCAUUCUUGGUACUGAAUAUGCUGGUGAAAUGAAGAAGGGUAUUUUUACUGUUAUGCAUUAUUUGAUGCCCAAGGCUGGUGUCCUCUCUCUUCACUCUUCUGCUAAUGAAGGCCCUAAUGGUGAUGUCUCUCUCUUCUUUGGUCUUUCUGGUACUGGUAAGACCACGCUUUCUGCUGAUCCUAAGCGUUUAUUGAUUGGUGAUGAUGAGCAUUGUUGGUCAGACGAUGGUAUUUUCAACAUUGAAGGUGGUUGUUAUGCCAAGUGUAUCGACUUGUCUGCUGAAAAGGAACCUGAUAUUUUCAACGCUAUUCGUUUUGGUGCUAUUCUCGAAAACGUUGUUCUUGAUGAAGAGACUCGCGAAGUUGACUACUCUGAUGAUUUCUUGACUGAAAACACACGUUGUGCUUAUCCCAUCUACCAUAUUCCUAAUGCUAAGUUACCUUGUAUGGGUGGUCAUCCCAAGAACAUCAUCUUAUUGACCUGUGAUGCUUUUGGCGUCUUGCCUCCUGUCUCCAAAUUAACUGCUGAACAAGCCAUGUAUCACUUUAUUUCAGGUUACACUACCAAGGUGCCCGGUACUGAGGAUGGUAUUGUUGAACCUCAAGCUACUUUCUCUGCCUGUUUCGGUGCUCCUUUCCUUGUCCUUCACCCUCAACGUUAUGCUACCAUGUUGGCUCAAAAGAUGUCUCAACACAAGGCUGAUGCUUGGUUGAUUAACACUGGCUGGAUCGGUGGUUCUGCUGCUACUUCUAAGCGUUGUCCUCUUAAAUAUACCCGUGCUAUUUUGGACGCUAUCCAUAAUGGUGAAUUGGCCAAUGCUGAAUAUGAAGACCUUGCUAUUUUUAACUUGAGAGUUCCUAAGGCUGUCACUGGCGUUCCUUCAGAACUUUUGAAUCCCAAGACUGCUUGGAACGGUACUCCUGAAGAGUUUGAUGCUUCUCUUCGCAAUGUUGGUCAAAUGUUUGUUGAAAACUUCAAGACUUAUGAAGAUGAAGCUGCUCCUGAAACUUUGGCUGCUGGUCCUAAGCUUUAAAAGAAAUCUUUUUUCUCUCUUGUAUCAUUUGCAUCCAUACUUUUCUUUUGCAUCACUUCUUUUUUUCUACUAAAAAAACAGAAAUGUAUUAUAUUAUUCACUUAUGAAAUAAAAAUUCAAAAACUGAAUUUGUUGAUUUUAAAAAAA